AUGGCACCCAAGGUCCUCAUCGUCCUCACCUCCUUCGACAAGAUCGAAGCCAACAACCACCCCACCGGCUGGUACCUGCCCGAAUUCGCACACCCCUGGGAAGUCCUGCACUCCAAGGCCGAGCUCACCAUCGCCUCCCCCAAUGGCGGCACCGCACCCCUAGACCCCUCCUCCGUCGCCAUGUUCGAGAACGACCCCGUCUCCUCCAAAUUCCUCAAGGAGCAGGAAUCCCUCUGGAAGAACACGGAGAAGCUGUCCGACGUGUUUCCUCGCGCGUCUGAGUUCGACGCCAUCUUCUACGUCGGUGGUCACGGCCCAAUGUUCGACCUCACAACCGAUAAAACCUCCAUCGCUCUAAUCCAGACUUUCGCGAAUGCACGCAAGCCCGUCGCAGCCGUCUGCCACGGCCCGUGCGUCUUCCUCAACGUAACCACCCCCUCAGGCAAACCCAUUGUCGAGAACGCAGAAGUCACCGGGUUCUCGAACACCGAGGAAGACCAGGCGAAUCUCAGCCAGGUGAUGCCGUUUAUGCUGGAGGAUGAGCUGCAGAAGAAGUCUGGCGGGAAGUAUGUCAAGGCGAACCAGCCUUGGGGCGAGAAGGUGGUUGUGGCCAAGGUUGCGGAGCUUGGGGGCCCGUUGAUUACGGGGCAGAACCCGGCCAGUGCGACGGGGGUUGGGGAGGCGCUUGUUAAGGCUCUAGGGCUGUAA